GGCGUUCCGCCGUCCAAGCGGUAGCAAAACAGCGCUUUGCAGCGCUUUGGUUGUUUGUCAAUAUUUUACUUUACGAAUUUUAUCCAGCUUUCGGGAGUUCGUUAAUAUCGGAUUAUUUCCACUGCCGUCGGAAAGUCCUCAACGCCUAGAAACUUGCGGUUUAUCUAGGGGCUCUAUCGGCUCAAAUUUGAAGAUUCACCAUGAUGUUUUGGACAAGGAUAAUAUGGUUCAUAGACCAAGGUGGUCAUCUUGAGAUUGACGAAGACACGAAGUGGCCUACUGUAUUAUUGAGUUGAUGCACCUGAAAUAUAUUUAGUCCUAUAUCAUCGAUAGUUUUAAAUAAAUACAGUCACCCUGGCUCUUUUGAAAAUAUUUCAAAGACUUACAAGUGUUAAUAAAACCAGUUUUAAUGAAGCUGAAAGGGUGCAGAAGAGGGCAGGAUCUCUUUUGAGAAGGUUCAGCGUAGCACGACUGACUCCGAUGAACAAUGAACCAUUCCGGAAGUGGGAAGCGGCAGGCAAAGGUUUUGGAAGACAACUAUUGGGACUGCAGUGUCUGUACCUUUAGGAAUACAGCUGAAGCUUUCAAGUGCCUCAUGUGUGACGUCCGCAAAGGAACCUCUACGCGGAAGCCCCGCAUCAAUCCUCAACUAGUAGCUCAGCAGGCUGCUCAACAACAAUACGUACCACCCUUAAAACCAGGUAAAAAAGAGGGUGGAAGCGGUAGUAGUACUACCAGCAGUGGAAAAGACAAGGAACGAAAACUGGAUAAACCAAGACGCAAGAACUGGCAUCCACCUCGUCUCAAGAACAUUGACCGGAGUACAGCACAAACUAAAGAAGUCACUGUGAAUAAUGUUACCGUUGUCAUCACUGAAUACAAGCCAAAAGUAAAGAAGAGUUCCGACCAGUCCGGCCUGUCGAGCAGUGCGUCUUCUGAGAAUGGAAGUCAGCACGAUUCUAAUCAGGAUUCUAGAAGCCUUGACAUAGGAACUGAUGCCUAGUUCGACAUUGCGACAUGUGCAUAAAUAAUUGUAAUUAAUAUAUAUGCUAUGCAAAACCAUACCAUCUGAUAUCAGCUGCUUUACUUUUAAUGAAAUUUGUUGAUUCACAUCUGUGCGAGAGAUAAGUACUAUCAAUUGCCUUAUACUCGCGUAAACUGUUAUCCAAUUAUCCACAUACUGUGGUUUUAGAAAUAUGUAAUUGUCGGAUGUUUUGGUUUUCGUGACAUAUUUCAGUGUUCUAAUGAUGGGAAAGUUGGCUGUUACUCGUUGCUCAAUCCCGCAUCCUUAGCUGGAAUAUCUUGCAUUAAAUUGCACAUGCGUCAUAGUAUCAAGUGAUAUCACACUGCCAGAGAUCAAGUUAUCGUUUUACAUGCCUUUGAAGUGGUUGAAAAACUAUUGUAUAAAGGUUCAAGGUUAAAAAACUUGCAAAUAUUUUCCAAAUAAUUUCUCAAACAAUUCUUCAUUUGUUAAAGAUAUUGACUUGAAUUUUUACAAUAUUAAUACUAUACAUGAAUUGAUUACAAAAAUUUCAGUAAUUGAAAGAAAAAAAAGGUAUUUUACCCCCUGAUACUGAAUGAGCGCAUGGUAUCAACGAAUAGUGGUUAUUUUUUUAUAAUGAAAAAAAAAAAAAAAAAAUAAUUUAACUGCCCAAACGCGUCAUAAUGCAUGAUUGUGAAUUCUCUGGAUCGAAUAAUUGCAGAGUAACUAUAUUAUAGACAUUGUUGUCAACAAAAUCUCAUUCUUGUUACAUGUUCUAUAUUUCUUGUAUUUUGUCAAAAUUGCUUAAUAUUGGUUAGUAAGUGUGCUAAUAGCAUUUAUUUCCAGUACUGCAGUGAUAACUGCACAUGACAAUAGCCUAAAAUAGCAAGUUAUAUUUUAUAGAUCUUAGACUCGGAGAAUCCAUCAAACAGAACCAUUUGUUGAUUGAUCUUUCUAUGUGUAAAUAAAAGUAAGCAGCGCAAAUUCAAAAACUAUAGGGAAUUUAUCAAAUACGUAGAAUUAGAGAACGUCAUAAUUAGAUGAUACACAUAUCUCACUAUCUAAGAGAUACCGUAGUGUUCCGAAUAUAAACCGAGAUUUUUUGUCGUUGGCAAUACCCGUUAAAAUCAUGGUCGGUUAAAAAAACACCCUGGAAUACUGUCUCAGAAAUGGAGGUCGUCUUAUACUCGGAACAUUACGGUACUCGUUUCCGGUACAUGACGAACAGAUUCCACAACAACUUACAGUUUCAUUAUAAAAUGAUGAACUUGUAUAUAAUUUCUCACAUUAGGAGAUUAAUAUGACGAAUAAAGUAUUGUCAUUCAAUUGUUACAUUAAUUAUAUUUAGUGCAAAUUACUUUUUCAAAAAACAGCUUUUCUCUUAACAAGUUACAAAAGUAAACGUUAUGUACUCGGCAUAUUAAAUUUUAUUGCAUAGAAUACACCGUUUUGACUUAGACCUGUAAAAGUAAUUACCUUACAAUGCAUUCAAUUGAUGAUUAUAAAACUUCAACGCGUCCACGAAGUACUCAACUACAUAUCUUUAUAUUUUCGCAAAAUGUCAUUUCAACUAUUUGCAAUUCGGAAUCAU